CGGUGCUCUUCCCCCCACUACAUCCACACCAACGUGCAAACCGAACAAACCCCACCCUGCACUCCUCACCCGGGCGGUCUCGGUACACAAAACAGGCGCAGCGCUGGCGGGUAAGCGCGGGCGCUGAUUGGCUGACGGCCCCUGCGCGUUCACAGAUUGGCAGUCAGCUGGAGCUCGGGGAAAAUAACAGUAGCCUGUUUUUAUCUGUCGAGGAUAUCGGAGCGGACGCAUCCCGUGGCUCUUCGGAAGUCGCCAUUCCAAAGCUCCCGGUGCAUUCUUCUCCACAGAGGACGAGCGACAGAGCAGCGCCGUCCCCGCACACCUCCAUUUAAACGCGAGGUGCGUGAGCCAACAUUCGCUGACGUUCAUUUGCUUACUUAGCGAGCAUCAGAGCUAGUUAGCUCGCUGUCAUUGUUGAAACUUAACAGCAACUCGGCUCCACACUUAAGCCUCCUGCUAGCUAGUUUGGUUAGCAACAGUCACUAAGCUACCCUUCCACCUAUUUGUCUCCAAGGUGACGGUGGUUGUUGCUCCAUCCAUCCCGCCGCCGCCACUCCCACUCCCAGCGCCUGGGUGUCUGUCACCUCCCGGCGCCUAUUCCAGGAGAAGACAAGCCCGGUGUCCUGGUUCUGCCGUCGGGAGGGCGCCGUGCUGUGGAGGACUAAGCCGGCGGGGCUGCGUGGCUGUGGCUGCCGGGUGGGCCGAUGCUAGGAGCGUGGAAAACAUAGCGCGGCGUGGGUCGGUGAGGAGAUGUCAACGCGGGGAUGCCUCUUCUUGGAGACAGUGUUGUAGUCGAGGGUACACACGCGUGUACACGGUAUACCUACCGCUGUGACUUGGUACAUAGACAAGCGGAGCAACUUCUCAGCCCAACCAGCAGUGGCACAUUUAUGGAUGGUGGGGUCGCAGCAUGCCCACCCCCUCAACUACCACUACACAGACUGGAGGGAGUAGCAGCGCCGGAGAAGGAGAGGGGCCCAUGUCCGCCACCUCCACCACCUCUGUCGGCUCCUCUUUCCGGUUCGUCCCGGCUUUCUGCCUGGGCGUGGUGGCAGCAGUAGUAUUCCAGCUGGCCUGGGGAGGCCUGACCCUCACCUCCUUCUUCUUGAAGCUCUUCAUCUAUGUGUCAUUCGCCCUGCUGUGUUUCCUGGCGGGGAGCUUCGUCCUGCUCGUCAGGAAGAGUCCUCUCAAAGUGAGCUGCUUCGCGAGGAACACAAGGCAAUCAGCUGCAUGGCUGGAGUUCUUCAACAAGCUCAUGGCCCGUUUUUUGGUUCCAAUUCAGGAAUCAAGUCAGAGCAGGAGGGUGGUGGUGUCACACAAUGUGGACAAAGCUCUAAAGGAAGUGUUCGACUAUGCCUACAGAGACUAUAUUCUGUCGUGGUACAUCCCUUUGAGCAGUGAUGAGGGCCAGUUGUACUCCAUGCUGUCAGAGGACUGGUGGCAGAUGAUCGGGCAGCUGAGAUCCAGGCUUGCCGAUAUAGACCUCGUCAAUGUGGUGUGUUAUGACAGCAUCCGUAUCCUGCACACACACUUCACUGACCUCAAGGCUGCAUCUGCAAGACCGGAGGAGUUUGCUCGGCCGUUUCCACUCCAUCCCUGUUUGGUCAGUUCUGACUCGGAGCUGGCCUUCCUCCGCUGUGUAGCCAGAAUACUGCUACUCUGUCUGCUGCCACAAAAGGAUGCCAAGUCACACACACUACGCUGCUGCCUCACAGAAGUCAUCACUACUAAAGUGUUGAAGCCUUUGGUGGAGGUCCUUAGUGAUCCAGACUCCAUAAACAGGAUGUUGUUGUCUCAGCUGGAGCAGAGGGAGCAGCAGGCUGAGCAGCAGAAGAAAGCCUACACCUACGCUGCCUCCUACGAAGACUUCAUCAAACUAAUAUCAACUUCUACUGAUGUCAAUUUCCUCAAACAACUCAGGUAUCAGAUAGUGGUAGAGAUUAUUCAUGCCACCACCAUCAGCAGCCUGCCUCAGCUCAAGAAGCAGAAAGAGCGAAAAGGUAAAGAGUCGGCAGCCAUGAAGGCUGAUCUGCUGAGGGCCAGAGAUAUGAAACGUUAUAUCAAUCAGCUGACUGUUGCUAAGAAACAAUGUGAGAAACGGAUCCGCCUCCUCGGAGGACCCAACUAUGAAAACAAUGAGGAUGGAGGGGCUGACGACAGCGACGAGCCUCAAAGUCAGAAGAUUCUGCAGUUUGAUGACAUCUUGUGUAAUCCAGGUUACAGGGAGCAUUUCAGAGUUUACAUGGAGAGAGUUGAUAAAAGAGCUCUGAUCAGCUUCUGGGAACUGACGGAAACAUUGAAAACUGCCAACAAGAAUGAGGUUCCCCAAAUCGUUGGGGAAAUCUAUCAAAAGUUCUUUGUGGAGAGCAAAGAGAUUCCAGUGGAAAAGUUUCUUCUGAAGGAGAUUCAACAGAGUCUGGUGGGGAACAGAGGAACACAGGUCUUUGUUAGACUACAGGAACAGGUUACUGAGACAAUGAGAGAACGUUAUUACCCAUCCUUCCUAGUUUCUGACCUCUACGAUCGAUUGAUCAGACGAGAUGAUCAGCACAGCCAAUCACAGUGUAGCACAGAGGAAAAGGAUGAAGUGUGCCAGGGUCUCGAUGGAGUAGAAGAAGUGUGCGAUGAAGGCAGUAAAGGAAUAAAUGAGCAGGCCAGCUAUGCUGCUACCAAACUCCACCAACUGUAUGACAAACUCGAGUACAAACGACAGGCGCUAGGCUCCAUCCAGAAUGCACCAAAGCCAGACAAAAAGAUUGUUAGCAAACUAAAGGAAGAGAUUGGAGCCAUGGAGAAAGAACACAGUGAACUCCAGCAACAUAUCACCAGGACAGACUGGUGGUGUGAAAACCUGGGGCACUGGAGGGCGACUAUUACUACUGCUGAGGCCACAGAGGAGGGUGGUGAGACUGUAGCCUGUUACAGUGUGUGUGUUAGCCUGGUGGAAGGAGAGGAGACAGCCAACAGUCACUGGAGCGUCCAGAGGAAACUCACUGAGUUCCAGAUGCUGCAUCGCAAACUGACUGAGUGUUUUCCAUCAUUGAAGAAACUCCAGUUACCAUCACUCAGUAAACUUCCUUUCAAAUCCAUCGACCAGAAGUUCCUGGACAAGAGCAAAACUCAACUCAAUGCCUUUCUCCAGCGUCUGCUGACGGAUGAGCGAUUGUGCCAGUCAGAGGCUCUCUACGCGUUCCUCAGCCCGUCUCCAGAGCAUCUCAAGGUGAUGUCGAUUCAGAAGAAAUCCUCUUUUUCUCUGGCCUCCUUCCUGGAGAGGUUACCUGGAGACUUCUUCUCCCACACUGAGGAGGAGAAUGACGAUGACAGCGAUCUGUCAGACUAUGGCGAUGAGCCAGAUGGGAGGAGGGAUGCACUGGCUGAACCCUGCUUCAUGCUCAUUGGAGAGAUCUUUGAACUCAGAGGAAUGUUUAAGUGGGUGAGGAAGACUCUAAUUGCACUAGUCCAGGUGACAUUUGGACGAACUAUCAACAAACAGAUCCGGGACACAGUAAACUGGAUCUUCUGUGAACAGAUGUUGGUGUGUUACACCGGUGUGUUCAGGGAUACCUUCUGGCCCAACGGGAAAUUGGCACCACACGUCAGGGUUCGAACCGACUCUGAACGCAGUGAAACGAAGGAACGGGCUCAGCAGAAACUUCUUGACAAUAUCCCAGAUGCUUUAGCAAAUUUGGUUGGCCAGCAGAACGCCCGCUACGGAAUCAUUAAGAUCUUUAACGCCCUGCAGGAGGCCAGUGCCAACAAGCACCUUCUCUAUGUGCUGAUGGAAAUGCUACUCAAGGAACUGUGUCCUGAACUCAGCGCAGAGGUGGACAACAUCUGAACACUUAUACACGUAACACAAACAUUUCGGAUGAAACUGACAUUCUGCUGGUUCAUCUCGCCUUUCUGUAGCUGAGCAAUCAUAAACUGCCGUGCUAUACAGGGAGAUGGCCUUUUGGUUUAAACCUCAGACAGAAAGCAGCAGAGUUAGUCAGCUGUGAGGCUCUGAGGCUGAUUCUGUUGGAGGAACUUUGCUGUGAUGAAAAGCUGGGAGAGAAAUGUGUGUUUCUGAACGGAGAGAAGCCACAUGGAGUCUGACUUCUUCCUGUUCAAACACCAGUCUAACUAGACAGAUCACAUCUGCACCAGAGAACACACUAAUUUACACAAGAACAAAUAGUGUUUUUACAUCAUGUGACCCACGUUUAAAAGCACUGAAGGAUAAAGAUCUGUACCAAAACAACAUGAAGUCAUACGUUCCUGUGUAAAUUGUGACGAUCUAAAGUUUACAAAGUAGAAUGACAUUUUGUGAAAGUAAAAAAACUAGAGCUGAUGACCUACAGACAUUGAUUAAAUGCAACAAACAAACAGCUGAAGUUCAGAUUGUUGCCCUCUGAAGGCGAACAGUGUGUAUCAUCGCCCACGGACCUCUGAACAUUCCUGCUACACACAACCUGAGCAACAACACAUGUGUUUUGUGAUUCUUGUUAAAGCUUAUAAUUGUGCAAUAUAAUGUCAUGUAAAAGUAAUUGUGAUGAUUUUAUUUAUGAUUAUUAUUGAUAGAUUUUAUUUUUACCAAAAAUUGUUUAGAGAGCGUUUAUAUAAGCAAUAAAUUGCAAACAAAAAUAUGAUGU